AUGCUGGUCCCCGCCGUUCUCGUCCUCCUCUUCUGCUUCAGAGGGCGUGCAGGCCUGUCGCCCCAUUUCCUGCAACAGCCCGAAGACCUGGUGGUACUGCUGGGGGAUGAGGCUCGGCUACCCUGUGCCCUGGGAGCAUACAGGGGGCUGGUUCAGUGGACUAAGGAUGGGCUGGCUUUAGGGGGUGAAAGGGACCUGCCAGUGUCUUUCUGGUGUGGGAUAUCUGGGGAUGGAGGCCUGGGGCCAGGAACUCAGAACUAUGAUGUGACUGACUCUUCCCUGACUCCAGGGUGGUCUCGGUACUGGAUAUCAGGGAAUGCAGCCAGUGGCCAGCAUAACCUCCACAUUAGACCUGUGGAGCUAGAGGAUCAAGCAUCUUAUGAAUGUCAAGCUACACAAGCAGGCCUCCGCUCUCGACCAGCCCAACUUCAUGUGCUGGUGCCCCCAGAAGCCCCCCAGGUGCUGGGUGCUCCCUCUGUGUCUCUGGUUGUUGGAGUUCCUGCAAAUCUGACCUGCCGAAGCCGUGGGGAUGCCCACCCGACCCCUGAGUUGCUGUGGUUACGAGAUGGGGUCCGGCUGGAUGGAGCCACCUUCCACCAGACCCUGCUGAAGGAAGGAACCACUGGUUCAGUGGAGAGCAUCUUAUUCUUGACCCCUUUCAGCCACGAUGAUGGAGCCACCUUGGUCUGCCGGGCCCGAAGCCAGGCCUUGCCCUCGGGAAAGGAUACAGCUGUCACACUAAACCUGCAGUACCCCCCAGUGGUGACACUGUCUGCAGAACCACAGACUGUGCAGAAGGGAGAGAAAGUAACUUUCCUGUGUAAGGCCACGGCCCAACCUCCUGUCACCGGCUAUAGGUGGGCAAAGGGGGGCUCCCCGGUGCUCGGCGCCCGCGGGCCAGUGUUGGAGGUCGUGGCAGACGCCUCAUUCCUGACUGAACCAGUGUCCUGCGAGGUCAGCAACGCAGUGGGGAGCGCCAACCGCAGCACCGCGCUAGACGUGCAGUUCGGGCCGAUUCUGCAGGCGAGACCUGAGCCCGUGUCAGUUGACGUCGGAGAAGAUGCCUCCUUCAGCUGUGCCUGGCGCGGGAACCCGACCCCACGGGUAACCUGGACCCGCCGCGGAGGCGCUCAGGUGCUGGGCUCCGGGAGCACGCUGCGUCUUCUGUCGGUGGAGCCAGAGGAUGCAGGCGACUAUGAGUGCAGGGCUGAGCCGGGGCUCUCGGGCCUGGGGGGCGGCUCUGCGGAGGCCAGGUUGACUGUGAACGCUCCCCCGAGAGUGACCGCCCUGCACUCUGCUCCCGCCUUCCUGAGGGGCCCCGCCCGCCUCCAGUGUCUAGUCUUCGCCUCCCCCGCCCCUGAAGCCGUGGUCUGGUCUUGGGAUGAGGGCUUCCUGGCGGCCGGAUCGCGGGGUCGGUUCCUGGUGGAGACGUUCCCAGCCCCGGAGGGCCUCGGGGAACAGGGCCCGGGCAUGAUCUCUGUGCUACACAUUUCGGGGACCCAGGAGUCCGACUUUAGCCGGGGCUUCAACUGCAGUGCACGGAACCGGUUGGGUGAGGGAGGCACCCGGGUCAGCCUGGGCCGUAGAGACCUGCUGCCCACCCUGCGGAUUAUGGCUGGAGUGGCCUCUGCGGCCAUAACUCUCCUUAUGGUCAUCACAGGGGUGGCUCUCUGCUGUUGGCGCCAUGGCAAGGCUACUUUCUCCAAGCAAAAGAACCUGGUGCGAAUCCCAGGCAGCAGCAAUGGCUCCAGCUCACGGGGCCCAGAGGAGGAGGACACCGGCAGUGGCGAGGACCAGGGACCCAUUGUACACACGGACCACAGUGACCUGGUUCUGGAUGAGGAGGGGGCUCUGGAGACCAAGGACCCAACCAAUGGUUACUACAAGGUCCGAGGAGUCAGUGUGAGCUUGAGCCUUGGUGAAGGCCCUGGAGGAGGCCUCUUCUUGCCACCCUCCUCCCCUCUUGGACCUCCAGGGACACCUACCUUCUAUGACUUCAACCCACACCUGGGCAUGGUCCCCCCUUGCAGACUGUAUAGAGCCCGGGCAGGUUAUCUCACCACACCUCAUCCUCGAGCUUUUACCAGCUACAUGAAACCCACAUCCUUUGGGCCCCCAGAUCUAGCCCCCAGGACUCCCCCCUUCCCAUAUACUGCCUUCCCCACAUCUGGCCACCCACGUCUCCAGACUCACGUGUGACUGAAGAGUCCUGAGAUCUUCAGCUUGCCAUAAUGGAGUGUCCUGAUUUCUGAGGAAACAGAACAAGUUGGUAACCUUAUUUCUCCAAAACUGAACACUGAGGGGAGGGAAAGAUCGUUACAACUGUCUGGAUCCUUGAUUUACAGUGAGCUCAGCUAAGGGGAUGCCCCAAGUGGGAGCAAGAUGGCCACUGUGCCUACCUAUUCUCCUAUGCAAAAGAUAUUCAAGAUGACAAAUGAGCUCUUUGCAGAGGGAUGGGGACACGGGGUGAUGGGUCUUAGGGGCAGGAAUGGAAGUUGUUUUCAGACACUGAAAGAAGAUAUUUCAGGAUGACCACCUGCAUUAAUAAGAUAGGCAGCAUAGGGCAGAUGAAGGUGGAAGCUAGACCAUGUCCUAUCCUGUUCUCCCUGAGGUGCAGUUUGCUUGGCCAAUGGAAGUGAAGCCAAGAUGGCAAGUUACAAUCUUGAUUCCUUCCAACCUCCUAAAGGCCCUGGAAGAAUUGGGCUUAAGAAGUAAAAAUAGGGUGAGAACUGUCACAGGUGUGUGUGUUGGGGUGGAAUCUGGGGAUGAAAAUAUUUAUGUUUAAUAAAAAAAAGUG